AUGGAAGAAAUCAUCGAGUUGUGUGCCUUAUGUACUUCUGAAGAGGGGCACAUGGAUUUUGUGUUGGGAUCGGUGCUUACCUUUAUGUUGCAGAGGACAGCGCAAGUGGCUCUCCCUCGAAUGUCUGCAUUGGAACGUGGGAGCCUGACAUUGCGCCUUAUCAGUGCUGGGGGGCUCCAAAAUGAAACAUGUCGACAUUUCGUAUUUGAGAAACUCUGUCCACCGUACAACGCUGCACUGUUACUGCGGCUAAGUCACGAGCUUUAUUUAAGACCCACCGAGCGCAUGACAGCGUUCUCCAGGCCAAACUCCUCUGAGUCGCCGACACGUCUUAAACACUCCUUACCACUUUUUUCCCUCGUGCGUGGAGCCAAGGAUGCCUCCCGGUCCCAACCACCUGUGGACUUUCGCAGCACUGAUGUCAGUGAGCUACUCUCUGCACUCCUUGACUCGUGGAAUCCUGCACAUCCCACUUCAUUGUCAUUAGGGGAACUUCCACCUGGUCUCGCCACCUUUUUGGCCUUCCAGUACCCCUUGCGCAUCUUGGUGAUGCUCCAAAAGGAUGUGGUUGAACCGUUUGUUCCGGCAUCGUGGCGAAAUACGUGGCAUCAGCUUUGUUUCGAAGGAAGCGGACGCGGCUCGGUGGACUCUCUGCACAAUCUAUUGGUGGGUGGGAUGUGCGAGGGCUUUUGGCCUGCGCUUCGGCGUGUGUUAGUGAACCCUCUCCUCGGUGGGGAGAAGGGUUUGAAGGAGAAAGAGGGUGAUGGUGAUCAAUUCGAUGUGCUUGAAGGCACCACCGUGUUGGCUCUACACGCAGUUUUUCGCCUGUGGUUAGGUGAAUUACGGCAAAUGUGGAGUGCGUUGGGGGGAGGUGUUGUGGUUAGCGAGAGUGGGGGUCACUCGGCACAAAAUCCCUCGUUUUGCGACACUUUGGCAGGUGGGCUAUUGUUGCUGGAGCAGGACGGGGGCCUGGAGGGCUGUGAGACCGUCGCUCUUUGUGCACCACACGCCCUCCUUCUUGUGUUGUAUGAUGGAUACUGCUUAGCUUCGCAGGUGGUUCGCCACGCGCUAGACCACCCCAAUGUAGCCCUUUUGGGGCCGUCCUUCGCCGAUUUAGAGAGCGACGGGGGGCCGUUGCUUGGGGAGUUGGGUGUUAAGAGCGGGUCCGCCUUUUUCGCUGCGCUGGCUCUGCGGCUACCGGUGUCACAGCUUUAUAUUGCUGGACGCGUGUGGCAGUUGCUUGAGACGAUUGUCUCCAAUAAGGCCAGGGGCAAGGAGAAUGACGAACAUGUAGCGGUGCUUCGUUCAAGACUCCAGGCUAUGUUGAGCAGCUUUGUCUACAGUAACUUGAAAUUGGGGACGACUCGUAGCAGCGAAUUGUCUGUGGGGGGUGCAACCCCGGUCACACAAUCUCCUUCUUCAGCGGCUGGUUUAAGGGCAGAUGAGACACCGCGCGCGACAUUGCGGCUAAAGCGCCUGCGGGUCACUGAGCCGUCAUCUCAACCUGGCACCACAACAGGUGGUGAUGGUGGUGGCGGUUUGAACGCAUCCCAUGCGGUACCAGGAGGUCAAGAUAUCGCCUCUGCCGUACCGCUCCUGUGCGAAACACUAAUUGAGUUUGCUCUUAGUGAACUUUCUCAACCUGUGAUUCCCGCUCAACACCAUUCCUCAGCAGCGGCUGUUAGGGCCUCUGGUAACGAAGAAUCGCUGGGUGGCACACGCUUAGUGCUUUUAACCCCACCUCACAUUAAGGGUGUCCUUAAUCUGCUUUCACCUACGUCCUCCCAGUUACCUUCGUUCUGUUUGACGCCGGUCUGUGACGUGAGUUGCGUGCUGAUGUCGGUGUUACUGUAUCGGAGGUGCGCGACCUUGCACCAAUGGCUGCUCAAUGAGAAGCGAGCUGAGGUGAGGGCAACUGUGGCGACUCGUUUAACACGGCGUACACGGCAGUGGGGCCGUUUUCUCGCGCCGUUGGGCCUGUUUCGCUACGUUCCGGUGGCGGAUGUGCUGCUGCCCCAAUGCCUCCAGGCGAUGGAAGGGAAAAGUACGUCAAUGGCGACUGACCUGAUGCCAGCAACAGAUGCUGCUGUUGUUGAGUUCUGCGGUGCCGUCAGGGUUUGUAUUGUUCAGCAUACCCGCUGA